GGAUUGUAAACAGGUGACGCAGGGCGAGUUGUGACGUUAUAGGAAACAUCAUUGUAAGAUUAAGUUUAGGGGAUUUUUUUAAAUAUUACUCAAGUUAAAACUGUUAAUUUUUCAUCGAUUGUGAUUGUGCAUCACUUGAAUAGAUUUAUUAUGUGAUUUCUACAUGAUUGAAUAUAUUUUAUUGGUUAUCAAGUAAAAACCUAGUAAUAUAUGAAUAAGAGCAAUGGCUGCUGACUCAACUGGUAGACGAGGGUCUAAAUCUGGACUGUCUGUUCGACCUCAAGUUGUAAGUGACAAGUCAUAUAUGGAGAGUGUUGUAGGAUUUUUCCAUGAAGUUGUGCCUCAUGCAUAUUCAAACUCAACUAAACAAGAAGACAAAGAAACCAUUUUGUGGGUUAAAUUUGAGAGUUCGGAUAUUAAUGAUGCUGACAUUCAGAAUGGAAACACCCCCUCUCUGCUUGUGGUUCUUGGCUAUACCAAUGGCGUACAGAUCUGGUGCAUCUCUGCAAAUGGAGAAGGACAAGAAGUUUUGUCUUGGAGACAAGGGCCUGUGCGAGCACUGAAACUACUUACUACUCCUCAGCCAGUGUUUGGAUCUCAAGAUCUUUUUGUCUCCAAACGCCCUUUGGUGGCUUUGUGUGAUAGCUCUAGUGCUGGGCAGCAAUACUGCUCUGUGAACUUUGUAUCAUUGAAAACUGGUGACCAGAUACAUUGCAUUAAGUUUAAAACACCAAUAUUAGAUAUUCAUUGUAACAAACGGGUGCUGGUAGUAACUUUCCAGGAACGCAUCACAGUCUUUGACAGCUCAACUUUUAGGGAUCUUUUUACCAUAACUGGAUGCUAUCCAAGUCCUGGGCCAAAUGUAAACCCUAUUGCUCUUGGAACAAGGUGGUUAGCAUUUGCUGAUAAAAAACUUGUUCCACUCCAUCAGACUUGUGGUGGGAUGGCUGGUGAUGGCGUUCAGUCAUAUGCAGCAACAGUGAUACAUGCAGCCAAGACCAUUACCAAGGGGCUAACUGUAUUUGGAGAGACAGUAGCAACGAGCCUGACUGGACACAAAGCUCAUGGUGGCAGGAGUCCCUCCAAGAAAGAGUCCAAGUCAGCAAAUAAAUAUACUCCUGGAAUUGUUACAGUUGUUGAUAUCCAGUGUGUUCCCACUCGAGAGCUAAAUACUGAAGAAGACACUGAGGGAGAAGGGAUCAUUGCCCACUUUCCUGCUCAUGCAAAUGAGCCCAUAGCUGCCAUGUCUUUUGAUCCAAGUGGGAUGUUGCUGCUAACGGCUUGCAAGCUUGGACACAACUUUAACAUCUUCCGGAUCUUUUCACACCCAGCUAGUUCUUCACUUGGUGCAGUUCACCACUUGUAUACGCUCCAUCGUGGUGAUACGACAGCCAAGGUCCAAGAAAUAGCUUUUUCAUUGGACACCCGCUGGGUAGCUGUUAGCACACUGCGUGGAACCACACACAUCUUCCCUUUGACUCCUUAUGGAGGGCCUGUAAGUGUAAGAACUCAUACAUCACCCAGAGUUGUGAAUCAGUUAAGCCGGUUCCACAAAAGUGCUGGUUUAGAAGAGAUACAACAACCUAGUCCAACAGGUCGAAGUAGUCCCGUGCUCUCAGCUAGCCCUGGUUCUCCUGGUGCAGCUAUCACAAGGUCGCCCGAUAUUCACCCAAGUGUGGUGUUUUCUUCAACCACCUCAGGCAGGAUGGGAAACCCAAGACUUCCUCCUUAUCCCCAUCCUACUACAAUCUUCCCCCUUUCACAGAUAAAGCAACCUUUAAGUUUUCCUCUCACUAGCCUUUCUUCUGGAAGUGCCCCCAAAAGUCCCUCAGUGAAGGGACGUACUGGAAAUACCAUUCUAAAAGGAAAUGAGAACAUAAGUGUAGCUGCUACAUUCUCCCCACCUCGGGCAUGGUUGGUGGGAAGCCCAAGUCUGGCGAGGGAGAAGAGGACAGACAAGCGAGUAUUGGAUUCACUUUUUAUUAUUGGGUGCCAUGGUAACUUAACUGAAUAUAGUCUUGAACCCAGAGUGGCUAGUGGACAACAGAAGGUCACUGAAGAGUCACCAAUUGAACUGGAAGUGAUGGCACAGGCACAGUGGAAUUUACAAAGGUUACACUCUUCGGCUGAGCUUCGACCUCCACUACUCAGUACAAACCCCCUCAUUAUAGCCAGUGAGAAUUUUGUAGCCCUACAUAGUGGGAAGGACAAGAAGCAGGAUAGUGGAAUAUCAUAUUCCUCAGCUCUUGAAAGUGGCAAGGACCAGGAAGGCCAGUCAAAUACUAAAGAAGACAUUGAAGAUAGCUGGUUAUCACAGGUGGAGAUUAUAACUCAUGCUGGACCUCCAAGAAGGCUCUGGAUGGGUCCACAGUUUACCUUCAAAACUUUUCAUCACUCCUCUAACACAACUGUGCUGUCCUCCACGUCGUCAGCAUUGCUCUCGGAUAGCCCCGAGAUAUCUUCAUCCACUCUAGACUUCCAGCCUGAUGGAGAAGAUCUGCACAGCAUUAGGCCUGUCCGGUCCAGUCCUAUGACAAUGCCAGGAGACCACCAGACACACUCCAAACCAUCUGCUUCACCUGUUCUGAUAGAAGCCACUUGUAGUUGGGGGAGUUUUGAACAACAUUCUGGUAUACUGGAGGUAUGUGGUGGCCAGACAGAAGUAGGAGUGGUUGCUCCUCCGCCUGGUAAAGCAACAAAAGAACGGGGGCAGAUAGAAGACAAACUGAGAGAAUCUCUGGCUGAUGCUAUGAUAGAAACACCAGCAAGAGACACCACAACUAUUGAUCCUCCUAGUAACACUGAAUUUCAAGGUAGUUAUGAAGAGUUAAGUUCCAGCAGUUCUGGGUGUAACAGUCACAAUUACGAUGCCCGCAACUCUACACCUCAAAGUAUGGAACAUGUCCUGGUGUUCCCUGGUUCAGGUGGAUCCCCAGAAUCACCUUAAUAUUUGGUUGAUAUGAUAUUUUCUACUUUUGUGAUUGCACUGUUUGUUUAAAUACAACAGAAUACUUAAUAUGAUGUAAAUAAUUAUAUUUGAAAUACUUUGUGACCAUGAUUCUUGUACAGUUACUUUUUAUUCAUAUUAUUGCCAGAGGAAAAAAAAAAUGAUGAGUCGAAUAUAGGUCUAAGAAGUCUUGUAGAUUAUGUGAAAUCUUACACACCCACUGUAUAUGUUUAGUUUAAUUAACGCUAAUCAGUAAUUUAGCUUUACUGCACAGCCCAUGUUUUGUUUCACAUUGAGGGCUUGGCUAAUAUUUUCAUAUAUAUAUAUUAUGAUUAUUGUAUUUAAAUAUGAAAAUGUUCAUCGAUGUUUAGUUACUGAUAGUUGAAUUUGUUAUACAGUCACAGUUUCUGGUAUCUGUUGAGCAUUUAGACAACUAUACAACUAUUUCAAAACAUUAUUUGAAUGUUUUAGUUCAAAAUGAAAAAUAAUAAUUACAGAAGUUACAGUAUUCAGACUUCCCUAAAACAUAGACAAACCCCAUUAGUUUUGCAAGCGUAGUAAAAAAUUUGAAUAUAAUAAACCCCUAGUGUUCAGCUAUUGUAAUGAAUGAAAAAUGACAUUAGUUGUUCACUAGCGCCUUCUUGUGUUCUAAACUCCUUUUGAGGAGUUGUCAGUGGUAAAAAUACAUUGAAACACCUGGAUGUUUUUAAUGAGUAUUGUUUAAAAUUGUUAAAAUGUUCGUUUUUUUGUGCAUAAAGUUAUUUUACUGUC